AUGUCGUCUCCACCAUGGGAUUAUAUCGCUAAGCUCGUCUGCAUUGGCGACUCGGGCUGCGGCAAGUCCAGCCUCACCAUCCGUCUCUGCGAGGGACGCUUCUCCCCGCACCACGACGUGACAAUCGGCGUCGAGUUCGGCUCCCGCAUCGUCCCCGUGGGCCCCCCGAAAACCCAGCCCGCGCCGCCCCUCGCCCGCCCCUCCUCCCAGAAGACCAACAAAACAGAUGAUUCGGUUUCGAACGGCCUGCCCGAGCCCCCUCGUCUGGCACCCGAACCCGUCGACCCCGACGCCCCGCAGAAGCACAUGAAGCUCAGUCUGUGGGACACGGCCGGCCAGGAGACGUACAAAUCCGUUACUCGCUCCUACUUCCGCGGCGCCAGCGGCGCCCUCCUCGUCUUCGACCUGUCCCGGAAGCAGACCUUCCAGCACGUCACCGACUGGCUCAACGACCUGCGCCAGAUCGCCGAGCCCGACAUCGUCGUGAUCUUGGUCGGCAACAAGGCCGAUUUGACCCAGGAGGCCGACAACAAGCGCGAAGUCACUCGCGAGGAGGCCGAGGACUGGGCCAAGAAGAAUGGCGUGUUUGAGUACGUCGAGACGAGUGCCAAAAGCGGCGAGAAUGUCGAAAAGGCUUUUAUGAGAGUUGCCGAGAGGAUAUACAACAACAUCCAGGCCGGCAAAUACGACCUUAAUGACAGACGAUCCGGCGUCAAAGGACCCAGCGCCGGCGGCAACAGGCAGGUCAGGCUAGGGGGCGAUGCAAGCAAGGGAUCCGGCGGCGGCUGUUGUUAG